ACGUAAUUUUCAUUCUUGAAAUGGACCCUUAUUUGUUAUAGAACCACACAUCUUCAACAAACUAAAUUAAAUAGGGACUUCACAAAAUAUAUCUUUCUACUUCUAGUCUAUAAUAUAUACCAUAAUCACUUAUCUCAAAUUAACUUCUAUCAUUACACAUAUACAACAUCAUGAACAAAAAAACAUGCAUUGCUAUGGUUCCUUGUCCUGGACUUAGCCAUUUAAUUCCACUUGUUGAAUUUGCAAAACUAUUAGUCCAUAACCAUAUUCAAUUUCAUGUCACAUUCCUUGUUCCCACGUUUGGUCCAUUAUCCUCUUCCAUGCAAGACAUUUUAUAUUCUCUUCCACCAAACAUUGAUUUUAUUCUUCUUCCUCAAGUAAAGAAUCUUCCACCAAAUCUUGAACCUGCAUCACAAAUGAAACUCAUUGUUAAAAACUCUGUUCCGUUUCUCAUUGAAGAAGUGGAAUCACUCAUUUCUAAAACUCACCUUGUUUCUUUAGUCUUUGGUGUAUUUUCAACUGAUGUACAUGAAGUUGCUAAACAAUUCAACCUUUCUUCUUACAUUUUCUAUGCUUCAGGAGCUGUUUCAUUGUCAUUCCUUCACACUCUUCCAAAUCUUGAUGAAAAACUUUCCUCUGAGGUAAAGUCCUUAGAAUCAGCUUAUGAAACUUUGAAUAUUCCAGGUAGUGUUAUCCCUUAUCACAUCAAAGAUAUUCCAGAUCCACUUUUAUGUGAAAGAUCAAGUGAUGUAUACAAAUUAUUUCUUGAAGUGUGUACAGAAUUUUCAUUAGUUGAUGGUGUUAUAAUCAACACUUUCACUGAUUUGGAACCAGAGGUCAUAAGGGUUCUUCAAGAAAAAAAGAAACCUUUUGUUUAUCCUGUGGGACCCAUCAUUAGAAAAGAGUCAAAUAAUAAUAAAGAUAACAUUUUGAUGUGUUUAAAGUGGUUGGAGAAUCAACCACCAAGUUCUGUUAUUUAUGUUUGUUUUGGGAGUGGUGGGACCCUAUCUCAUGAACAAUUCAAUGAAUUAGCAUUUGGAUUAGAAUUGAGUGGUUGCAAGUUUUUGUGGGUUGUGAGAGUUCCAAGUAAUGAUGUUAGUUCUGCUUAUUUUGUUGGAAAAAAAGAGGAUCCAUUGGAGUAUUUACCAAAUGGUUUUUUGGAAAGAACCAAAGACAAAGGGUUAGUGGUUCCAUCAUGGGCCCCACAAGUUGAGAUUCUUGGUCAUGAAUCAAUUGGUGGAUUUUUGAGUCAUUGUGGUUGGAGUUCAACUUUGGAGAGUGUGGUUAAUGGUGUGCCUAUGAUUGCAUGGCCAUUGUUUGCAGAACAAAGAAUGAAUGCUAGAGAACUUGUUGAUGUGUUAAAAGUGGGUGUGAGGGCAAAAGUUGAUGAUGAAAAUGGGAUAGUGAAAAGAGAUGAAGUUGUUAAAGCUAUAAAGAGAAUAAAGGAAGGUGAUGAAAGUUUGGAAAUAAAGAACAGAAUUAAAGAAUUGAGUGUUUCUGCUGCUAAUGCACUAAGGGAACAUGGUUCUUCUAAGAAGGCACUUUCUGAUUUAGCACUGAGAUGGCAUAUAUAACUUCACCAAGUAGCUAAAAUAUCUCAUAGUCAUUUUCGUUUUCGCAACAUGUUUUUUCUUCAUCAGUUAAUUUAAUUUUCAAAUGUGUUUUUCA